CCAUCUCGAUAAAUACAUAACUCAGAGUCAGAGAGUGCAGACUUGAAAAAAAGGCAUCGGCUUUGAGAGAUUCAAGCGUGAAGCUCCGCUCUUCGUCUCGUUGGAGAUUUUUAAAAAAGAGAGGAAAGAGACCCAAAUAAUUUUUUUAAAAGGGAGGAUUAUUUUGGAAAGAUUUGAGGCCUCUGCCUUUUGAUUCAACAGGAUUCCAAAGCGAGUGGGAUAAAAAAAAGGAGGAGAUACAGAGAAUAAUAGCAAUGGAUGGAGAGCAGCAGAGCAAGUUCAGGAAAAUCUGUGUCUUUUGUGGCAGCAAUUCUGGCAACAGGGCUGUGUUCAGUGAUGCUGCUCUUGACCUGGGCGAUGAACUGGUGAGGAGAAGGAUUGAUUUGGUUUACGGUGGGGGGAGCGUGGGUCUGAUGGGUUUGAUCUCUCGGACAGUUCAUGAUGGAGGCUGUGAUGUUCUUGGGGUUAUUCCUUCAGCUCUCAUGCCUCUUGAGAUAUCUGGCCACCCUGUGGGUGAAGUAAAGGUAGUCGCUGACAUGCAUGAGCGCAAAGCCGAAAUGGCUCGUCAGUCAGAUGCUUUUAUUGCACUUCCCGGAGGAUAUGGAACAAUGGAAGAGGUCAUGGAGAUGAUAACAUGGUCACAGCUUGGAAUUCAUAAUAAACCAGUUGGUCUAUUAAAUGUUGAUGGUUACUACGACUCUUUGCUUGCAUUAUUUGAUAAUGGUGUGGAGGAAGGUUUCAUUAAGCCAGCCGCCAGAAAUAUUGUUCUUUCUGCGGCAAAUGCUAGAGAGCUAUUGAUCAAAAUGGAGCAAUAUACUCCUCAGCAUAAAGGAGUAGCUCCCCGUACGAGCUGGGAAGUUCAACGCUUGGGUUACACAACACCAUCAACGACACAUUGAUGCUUGGUCUUUCUUACUAUCACUAUUUCCAAUUUAUGUGAUUCUUUCUGAGCAAUUUGUAUGUGAGAAACCUUGAAAAUGGGCAUAAUUGGCCAUCUAUAUUUGUCUUCCUUCCAAUUGAAAGUUUAAUAAAAGUGUCAUGCUUUAGGGGACUUAA